AUGACAACGAUGUUCAUCCAACUGCGCCGUGUGGUGUACCUGUUGGUACUCCUGCAGUCCUGUAUUUGUGUGGUGUACGCACAAGUAUUCAGGGAAUCCAAGAAUGAAAUGAAACACCUGGGUGGUGAGGAGGCGGUGGUGGAUCGGGCGAAAGCAGCGGAGACGUUUUUGGCAAUUCCAAAUUACACCGACGAAGAACUCGAAACCGACGGCGUUUUGGGGGUAUCAGGGAAUUCGGAGAUGUUACGUGCAGUAAGGUAUGCGUUAAGGGACGUCAGGGGUGCGGAGGCUCACUUUAAUAACGGAAUGGCUUGUAGGGCCGAGUGGGAAAAGGUGCUGGCAUCAAAUAAGAAGGCGGUUGAGGAUGCCAGGGAGGCCACAAGGAGCAUUGGGGCGCUGGUCGCAAAGAUUGAGGAGAAAAGGAACAGGAGUGUAAAAGAAAAGAUUGUUUUGAAGGAUAUCGGCACGCUGGAGUUUAAAAAGCUGGUUGAGGAUAUACGAAACGUACUGAAAGAAAAUAAGGACAAAACACCUAAUGGAGAGAUGGUAUUCAAGGUUGCUAGGGCGGAUCAAGCGGAGCGUGUCUGUAAGACCAUUCGAAUAGAGAUAGAUCGUGUCAUGGGUAUCCUAAAGCAGAGAAUGGAGGAAGUCACCUUCGAUAAGGGGGAAUACGAGAAGUCUGAUAAGGCAAAGGAAGUGAGGAAGGCGGCGGAGAAAGUACGGGAAACAUUGCAAAACGUCACACAUCUAAUUGGCAAUACAACGGUUCGUGACAAUUUUUUGAUGGGAGAAGCCAAGGCACAACUAAGACUGUGGGAAAAGGCGUACACAGAACUUGCGAUCCUGGGGAAGAUGGAAUUGACUCGAGAGGGGGUGGAUACACCAACAGAGAUCGAGAAAGAAAUUGAUGGGGUUCUUCUGGAAUUAAAAAAAGAUAUCGAGGAACCGAAAAAGGUAUUCAGCGACCUUGCGAGUAAGACGAAUGAAACUACGGUGGCCUCGAUGAACGAGAUCGACAGGAAUGUCAAAGAGGGAGUGGAGGUGGAAAUCAAGGCGGAGACCACACGUAUGAAGGAGGAGAAGGAAAGGGUUCUCGAAGAAAGGAGAAGAAAAGAGGAGGAAGCGAGAAGAAUUGCAGAAAAGGCAAGGAGGGAUGAGGAGGAGAGGAAAAGGAUUGCGGAGGAAAGGAGAGCAAAAGAAGAGGCGAAAAGAGCUGCAGAAAGGUUGAGGGUGGCUGAGGAAGAGGAGAGAAUGGCAGCGGAGAAGGUCAAGGAAGAUGAGGCGAGAAAGGCAGCGGAGAAGGUCAAGGAAGAUGAGGCGAAACUGGCAUCAGAAGAGGCGAGAAAAAGGGCAGAAGCGGCUAAAAAGAAGGAAGAUAGCAGCAGCAGUCCUUCAUUGGUGCACGGUCCCUUACUACUGCUUCUGUUGUGUGUUCUGGGUUGCACUCUCGUUUGCUAA